CUUUGAUUAAUAAUAAUGCCUGCCACUACUGACAAACUGAUCAUAUUCGAUACCACCCUCCGUGAUGGAGAGCAGUCUCCAGGUGUCACUCUCAACACCGAGGAAAAGAUUGACAUUGCAAAGCAGCUGUCUCGUCUUGGUGUCGAUGUUCUCGAGGCCGGUUUCCCCGUUGCAUCGAUUGGCGACUUUGAAGCAGUCCAGCGUAUUGCCCGCGAAGUUGGUCCUUUGAUGGUCGGACGUGAAGCCAUUGGUGUGCCCAUGACAAUUUGCGGAUUGGCUCGUUCGACUCCAAACGAUAUUAAGAGAUGUGCAGAAGCUAUUAAGGAUGCACCCAGAAAGAGAAUUCACAUUUUCUUGGCUACCUCAGAUCUCCACCUUAAAUAUAAGCUCAAGAUCGACCGUGAUGAAUGCGUUAAGCGUGCAGUUGCAGCUGUCACUCUUGGACGCAGUCUGGUAGACGAGAUUGAGUUCUCACCUGAGGAUGCUGGCAGAUCUGACCCCGAUUUCCUUUGCAAGGUUUUGGGUAAGGUCAUUGAGGCUGGUGCCACUACUCUCAAUAUCCCUGAUACUGUUGGCUACAACACUCCCGAAGAGUAUGGAUCCUUGAUUAAGUAUCUGAUCGCCAACACACCCGGUGCUGAAAAGGCUAUCUUCUCCACUCAUUGCCAUAACGAUCUUGGUCUCGCCACUGCCAACACUUUGGCUGGUAUCCAAAACGGUGCCCGUCAAGUCGAGGUCACAAUCAACGGCAUUGGUGAACGCGCUGGAAACACUGCUAUGGAGGAGGUCGUCAUGGCCAUCCAUACCCACCCUUCCUACUACCCUGUUCACCACACCAUCACCACACAGCUCAUCUUCCGUACUUCGCAGAUGGUCUCCAACCUAUCCGGCAUGAUGAUCCAGCCUAACAAGGCAAUCGUUGGCCGCAAUGCAUUCUUGCACGAGAGCGGUAUUCACCAGGACGGCGUACUCAAGAACCGUCAGACCUACGAGAUCAUCACACCCGAGACAGUCGGCGUCACUGACAUUUCUCUUGUCCUUGGCAAGCACUCUGGCAGAAAUGCAUUCAGAGAACGUUGCAAGGAGCUCGGUUUCUCCGACAUUCCCGAAGAUGAGUUCCAAAAGGCAUUUGAAGACUUCAAGGCUCUGUGCGACAAGAAGAAGAAUGUGAAUGACGCAGAUAUCCUGGCUAUCCUUAGCAGUCAGCUGCAGGAGUCUGCUGUGGCCUCCUCGGCUUUCUUUACUCUUGUCGGUCUCCAGGUCGUCUCAGGCACAGAAGGCCCUGCCACUGCCAAUGUGCGUCUGUUUGACGUCCAGAAAAAGAUUGAGAAGAUGGAUGCUGCAGUCGGAAAGGCUGGUUCGAUCGAGGCUGUCUUUGAGGCAAUCCAGCGUAUUGUUGGCCGUCGUUUCCGUCUGACCAAGUUUGACAUCAGCGCAGUUGGUGAGGGAAGUGAUGCUCUUGGCAAGGCUGAAAUCCAGGUCAUGCCUGAUAUUGUUCCUGGAAAUGCCUCUGAAGAGCGUAUCUCCAAGGCCGCCUUCUCUUCUAGCAUCGCCGAUACUGACAUUGUCAGUGCUGCUGCAAAGGCCUACGUUGCUGCCAUCAACAAACAGCUCGUGUGGGAGAGUGAAGUUGCAGCAGGAACGGCUCGUAGUCUGCCUGAGGAACGCACUGUAGAUGUCUAAAGGACCCGUUACUUUAUAUGAUAAUAGAGAUUUCGAGAUAGCAGAAGCUUUGACAUGGCUGUAGCGCAGAGUAGUGUAGUGUACAUAAAAUAUAAAAUAAAAAACAAUAUAUAAUAUAAAUAUAUACAUAUAUUAAAACACAUUUAAACAAUAACAUGCAUAGUGAUGCACAGCU